AUGGAUCCCGCAUCUCUAAACUACGACCAACAAGAAUACCUAAACAAGAGAAUUUGGGUACUCGAAUUGGAAGCUGGAAUUAGAUCGACUCUUCCGGGCGAUAUAAAACAAAUGAUACAUCGACAUCUGAUUCCCGAUGCAGAGCCAAUCGAUAUCACCAGACCUGAGAACCUCGUGGCUCCAGCAUACUAUACUGAUCCGCAUGCCGAGUUCGACUAUUGGAGGCUUACACCUUUUGUGUUUGCCACUGAUAACAUACACGAUGCUGUUAUAGCUACGAAUGCGCAUCGGUUUGUUGACAGGGUCCUUCUCAAUCCUACACACAUGGCUCGCUUCGACACUUUGGAUCCACCCAAGCAGAUCAACUACGAGAUAUUGAUUCGAUGGGACUUUGUGCCUCACUUUCUACCCGAGAUCUCUUUACCGAAUGUGGAAUCGCUCUUCGAUUUGCUACAUGUCUUGGGUGGUCAUCCCAAUCGCAUCAGGCUCAAUUUCCUGUUCAAAGAUAUACGAGUGGUGUAUGAUAGAUCUCCCUCAUCGAAGAAAGAGAUUGCACCAGACAAUAAAGGGCGACUCCGGAUCAUGAAAGCCAAAAUGCUGGAUCUGUUGCAAACAGCCAUGAUGGAAUAUCAUCGCUGUCUGGAUACACCAUCUACAGUCUCACGACUACAGAAAUGGGGCAGAUACAUGAAACACGCCGAUGCAACUAAUCCUGCCAUAACAGAUGCUGACAAGUAUAAGAAAGUCAGAGUCUGGAUGGCAGAUGCGUGUUCGGAGUUGCUUGACCGUAUGUGGGUCAGUGGAUCUGGACGACGAGCUGGAUUUGUUAAGUGGCAUAUGUUGGAGGCCUUUGGUAGGGAUCAGAGUUACUAUAACCAGGAUCCUGAUGUGAUGUUGUAUGUCAACGAACCUGGGAUACCUUUCUUGCCAUUGAACAAGGCGCGGUUCUUCCCAUAG